CCAUUGCCCACACACCCAACAGACACCGCUCCCGCUACAUCAUCUCUCCCCCAUCACCCUCCUCCAUCGACGGCGGCGGCGCUAUCUCCCCCCUGGUCACUAUACGAGCUCGAGAGUUGACGCUCCUGCCCGGCGGACUCUCCUCUGCACCCAACACCGCAAAGCGCCAGCUACACCCGAUUGCACGCCGCUCGUGCUCUGCGAUCCCUGUCAAGAAUCAUGGUAGAGGCAGAAGGCAACCCCACGACGUGGAAAUUCACCCAAUGCUUCGGCGACAAAGGCGAUGUCGAGGACAUAACCGAAGCCGACAUCAUCUCCACCGUCGAGUUUGACCAGACGGGCAACUACCUGGCAACUGGCGACAAGGGUGGCCGUGUGGUCUUGUUUGAGAGGAACGAGACGAAAAAAACCUGCGAGUACAAAUUCCACACCGAGUUCCAAUCGCACGAGCCCGAGUUCGACUACCUCAAAUCUCUCGAGAUUGAAGAAAAGAUCAACAAGAUCAAAUGGUGCCGCCGGCAAAACGCUUCACACUACCUACUUUCCACAAACGACAAGACAAUUAAGUUAUGGAAGGUAUUUGAGAAGUCGCUCAAGGUUGUGGCAGAGAACAACCUGUCACACGAGUUGACGCCCGGAGGUGGGGUUGCUGGCGGAGGCGGUCCUGUCAGGAACCCAAACGCACAGUUCCGCAGUGCUACCGAUCUGAAGCUCCCGCGGCUCACACAUCACGAUACCGUAGUCGCCGCAGUACCCCGGAAGACGUAUGCCAACGCACACGCAUACCACAUCAAUAGCAUAUCGGUCAACAGCGAUGGAGAGACGUUCAUCAGUAGCGAUGAUCUGCGGAUCAACCUAUGGAACCUCAACAUCCAGGACCAGAGCUUCAACAUUGUCGACAUCAAACCAGCCAACAUGGAGGAGCUUACAGAGGUCAUCACAGCUGCCGAGUUUCACCCCAUCAGCUGCAACUGGUUCAUGUAUGCAAGCUCCAAGGGAACGAUCAAGCUAGCCGACAUGCGUGAGAGUGCUCUGUGUGACCAGCACGCCAAGCAAUUCGAGCAAGAAGAAGACCCUUCAUCCAGGUCCUUCUUCUCGGAAAUUAUCUCAUCCAUCUCUGAUGUGCGGUUUUCGCAUGAUGGACGAUACAUCCUAUCUCGCGACUACCUGACUGUCAAGAUUUGGGAUGUGAACAUGGAGAAGACUCCAGUCAAGACGAUUCCCAUUCAUGAGCAUCUGCGACCCAGGCUAUGCGACACAUACGAAAACGACAGUAUCUUCGACAAGUUUGAAGUUGUCUUCUCUGGAGAUGCCAAGAAUGUCAUGACCGGCAGCUACAACAACAACUUCAUGAUAUAUCCGUCGGACAAUGAUAAAGACACCGAGGUCGUGUUGCAGGCUGACAAGUCUGCAUUCAAAGCUAAGAAGGUGGGAAUCCCGACGCCGAUGAACUCUUCGACAAGCCCGACAGGCAGCAACGCCGGCAAGAAGGGCGGUUCAAGAGCAGGAAGCCCUGCUGCUGGCGCUGUUGGACAAGGGCAGCGCAUGAGGAAAGAGACAGAUGCGGACCAGAUCGACUUCAACAAGAAGAUCCUACAUAUGAGCUGGCAUCCAUUCGAGGACAGUAUUGCUAUAGCAGCAACAAACAAUCUUUUUGUCUUCUCCGCAUUGUAACGGCAUCCUUCGUUCACGAGCAUCGCCAAAGAAUUUCGACGAGCGGGACUGUACACUUGUUGAGUUCUUGGUUAUCCUUACCCUCUCAUCUUCCUUUCAGUUGGCAGCAAUCUGCCUGGUGGCGCUAGGAUGAUAGAACAGGAGCAUUUAUGGCGAAAGGGCAUGGGGACGCACAUGAUGGAUGACGCAAUGCGGUAAACGAACAUGCAGCCGCUGAGUAGUGUAGAUUGCAAUACCACGUUAAUGACUCUGAGUGGUGC